AUGGCGGCGUGCAGAGCGUUAGUAAGUCGCGGGUUGUUAGUAGUAGGAGUUCAUUAUCAGCAUGUAAACAGAGGUGUGCUGCUCACACACAGCAGAGAAAAGAAAAGAUGGAUGAAAGCCUACUCACUUCUUAUGGAGCGAAAAAGGAGGAUUGAAGGAUCGCCGCCGCCAAAGCCACGGUCACAGCAGCCAAACUGGGACUACCAUGCAGAAGUGGAAGCAUUUGGUGCUCGGCUAAAGGAGCGUUUCUCCACAGAUUUGCUGAAAACAGCAUUUGUGAAUCCCUGCUAUUUACGCUUUGAGGAGGAGAGACGACGGUCGCUGGGCCUGGAAACUGAGGCUGCAGCUCUUAACCUUAAAUACAAUGCAGAGCUGCGUGAAUAUGGCCAGAAAUUCACACUGGGUUUCCUAACAAACUGGUGCAGGGACAAUUUCCCCAGGCUGCCUGAGGAUGGUGUAGCAGCCAUUGUGGAUUACCUGACAGGCUCAGAGGUCAUGUGCAAUGUGGCAAAGAAUCUAGCAGUGGAUGAGUUGGCAAUGACAGCGGCGUUUCCUGUUACAGACGAUGUCCUCCUGGGUACAUUCUUCGCAGUGAUUGGUGCUUUGGAACAGAGCAGUGGCUCAGAAAGGGCAGGGCUUUUUAUCAGGGAUUUCCUUGUGACGCAGCUGAUUGGGAAGGACCUGUUUGAUAUGUGGAAGGUAGUAAACCCCAUGGGGCUGCUGGUGGAAGAGCUGAGUCAUAGAGGAGUGUCGCUUCCUGAACCACGACUCAUUAAAUCAUUUGGAGCCAGCACUGUCCUACCUCUACACUUUAUCGGCCUGUACUGUGAUCAGAAGCUGCUGGCUUAUGGGCCUGGUGAGACUCUAUCUGCAGCAGAAGAGGAAGCAGCACGUGUGGCUUUGAGGAAACUCUUUGGCUACAUGGAAAAUCACAAACCUUUCGACUUCUCCACCAUCCAGGAAUCUGAAACAACAGCAGCAGCUGUGCAGGCUGUUAGCAGAGGAUAAGACACUGCAGUUUUUAGCUCUUCACCAGGUGUUUUAUGACUAUGACUGUAGUCUUGCCAACAUUUUCACACAAAGAGCUGUAAUUAUCUGCUUUAAGUAAAAACACAUCCAGAAAUGUGUAAAAGAAAGGAAUAUAAAAUAUUCUGUAUUUAUACAAACGUCACAAGCUACACUUCAAGCCCAUACUAGUCACUGCGUGGACUGCUGGAUGCACAGGGCAUCUUUUAGGUUUCACAGGUGAAACCAAAAAAUUAUUGUGCCGCACUUAAAAGCUUCAGUGGUAGAGAUUGUUUCAAUCCUUUCAUCUUUGUCUCUGUCACUUAGAUCUUAAACUGGCUGCUGUACUUAACAGUAAUUUAUAUUCUAAAGAGACAAAUAUAAUCCAUCCACAUAUGUUUUUUUAUGCAUUUUGUUGUCCUCAUAUUGUAAAAUGUCUGUAAGUGCUAAGCUGUGAUAAAUAAACUCACACUUUUCCAAGUAUUGAAGUAAAA